UACGUUGAGCGAGCGAGUACCCUACUGUUUAGUGCAUGCGAACUAAGAAGGUGCGGUACGUGGUCGGCCAGCGAGCUACCUGCGCCGAAGUAGAUGCGACUUGUUUACGAGUAAAAUGAGCGAUAACGAAGAUUCAAGUAAUGAGUUAAAUAAAGAUUCGAUGAAUGUAAAUUUCGAUGAAUAUGUAGAAGAUGAUAAAAAGAAAAGGAUGAGAAGUAGCAGCGAUGAGGAGUGGACGGAAGUUAAACAGAAAAAGCGAAAGGAAACAGAAAAGAUUGAAUUAUAUAUAUCCAAUAAUGAAAAACUUCCAAAACAGUUUAAUCUGGCCAAAUUACUGAAGGAGCAAAACAUCAAAGAUAUCAUACGAGUUAAAUUUAUAAAUCCGUACCGAGUGCGAAUAGAAUUAACCAGUGAGAUCAGUGCGGAAAAACUUGAAACGUGCCAAUACUUCAUAGAUUUGGGAUGGCAAAUUCAGAGGGCUAUGGAGAAGAAUAAAUCCUAUGGAGUGAUAAGAGAUGUAGAUCUAGAGAUGUCGGAAGAGGAAAUUUUAGAAAAUAUAUCCUGUCCUGAACCAGCCAAACUUUUGUCCGUUAAUCGUUUGAAUCGAAGAAAUGUCGAAAGGGAUGGAUGGUCUCCGAGUGAAGCGGUGCGUUUAUGCUUUAAAGGCUCGUACUUGCCACGUUACGUGUUUACACACGGCUUGAAAAUAGUGGUAGAACCGUAUGUCUUUCCAGUUUCGCAAUGUUCGCGUUGCUGGAGAUUUGGGCACGUUCUCAAAAGAUGUCCAAGUAAUAAAGUGGUAUGCCCAAAAUGUGGCGGAAACCAUGCUAACUGUGAAAUCUCUAAAAUGACAUGCGUUAAUUGUAAAGGACAACACAUAUCUCUUUCAAAAAGUUGCCCUUACUUUAUUAAAGAAAAGAGAUUGAGAGAACUCAUGUCGGAGUAUAACUGUACUUAUAGAAGAGCUUUAACUUUAUACGUGCCAGAAAACGAACCAAUACAGGAAGCAGAAGAAGAAACAAAAGAAAUUCCAAUAAAUGUUUCAUCGGUCAAAGAGAUAAGCCUAACUCCCACACAAAGAACAAAACGUCUAACUUAUGCGGAAGUGACAACGAUGGCACAGGUUCAUAAACAGAAACCUAAACCAAGUUCUCGUAAAAAACCGAAUAAAUCGCCAGAUGAAGACUGGAUGGAGUGGAAUAAUUUCGAAGUAGAUCAGAAUGAAACGGAAUCACAAAAAUCAUGUAAAACUGGUAAAAGGCAAAACGAUGUGAGUUUCAAGGAGUUGUUACAAAGACUGCAAGAAAUUAUAUUUAUGAAAGGAAACACUACUUCAAUGAUUUGGAAAGGAGUUAUUAAAACGUGUAUUGAAUGGGUUAUUCUAGUAGUAGUUGACAAUGUUACGGAUUGGCCUGUACUGAAACUAAUUAUGGACUAUUUUUGUAAUGCCAGUUAAUUGUAAGAAUAUUACCAAAUUGAACAUUAUACAAUGGAAUUGCCAAAGUAUCAAAC